UGUGCGCCGCCGAGCGAGGCGCCAGCCCGUGGGUGCUGCCGGAGGCGGCGGCGCGGUGGGGGCUCCCGCAGCUGGCGGAGGCGCGGGCCGCGGCGCUGGGCUCGCGGCGAGGAGCGAAGGUGAGCGCCGGAACGCGGAGGGCUGGCGCGGCUCGCGGCGCCGGGCCCCGUUCCCCGUCCGCGGCGGCCCUGCAGGCGACCCCGCGUCCCCACCGGCGGGAGCUCGGGGAAGAGCGGGCGGCGGCGCUGCUGCUGGCGGCGGCCGGCUGGAUGCGAGACCCGCGCAGACCCGGCGGCGGACGGCGGCUCUCGACUCCGGAGAGCGGAUCGCGGGGCGCAGGAGCCCGAUCGCGCUGGCCAUGGCCUCCAACUUUAACGACAUAGUCAAGCAGGGUUACGUGAAAAUCCGCAGCAGGAAGCUUGGGAUUUUCAGACGAUGCUGGCUGGUUUUCAAGAAGGCUUCUAGCAAAGGACCCAGAAGGUUAGAAAAAUUUCCAGAUGAAAAGGCAGCUUAUUUCAGAAACUUUCAUAAGGUAACUGAACUGCACAAUAUCAAAAAUAUAACCAGACUGCCCCGAGAGACAAAGAAGCAUGCGGUAGCAAUCAUCUUUCACGAUGAAACGUCGAAGACAUUUGCCUGUGAGUCAGAGCUGGAGGCCGAGGAGUGGUGCAAGCACCUCUGCAUGGAGUGUCUGGGGACGAGGCUCAAUGACAUCAGCCUUGGGGAGCCCGACCUUCUGGCCGCAGGAGUGCAGCGGGAACAGAAUGAGCGAUUCAACGUGUAUCUUAUGCCUACGCCAAACCUGGAUAUUUAUGGUGAAUGCACAAUGCAGAUCACUCAUGAAAAUAUCUAUCUCUGGGAUAUCCACAAUGCCAAGGUCAAACUGGUGAUGUGGCCUCUCAGCUCACUGAGGAGAUACGGUCGGGACUCAACGUGGUUCACGUUUGAGUCAGGAAGAAUGUGUGACACAGGAGAAGGACUAUUCACUUUUCAAACAAGGGAAGGAGAAAUGAUCUAUCAGAAGGUUCAUUCUGCGACACUGGCCAUAGCUGAGCAACAUGAAAGAUUAAUGCUAGAAAUGGAACAGAAGGCCCGGCUUCAGACAAGCUUGACUGAACCAAUGACAUUAUCCAAAUCAAUAUCUCUUCCUCGCAGCGCGUACUGGCAUCACAUCACUCGUCAGAACAGCGUUGGUGAAAUCUACAGUUUGCAAGGUCAUGGGUUUGGUUCGUCAAAGAUGUCUCGUGCACAGACAUUUCCCAGCUACGCCCCAGAACAGAGUGAAGAGGCCCAGCAGCCGUUGUCGCGGUCCAGCAGCUAUGGAUUCAGCUACAGCUCCAGCCUCAUCCAAUGACACACAGAGAGCCGCUGUUGACUAGAGAGACAGUCUGUCCUGGACCCGUCUGUGGGGUCAUUACCCUCUGCCUCCUGGAAGACCAAUUGCAGUACAAAUUGAAAUGGGUCGGCUCUAGCCCCAGUCCCAUUGGAAGGUUAAAAACUGGAGUUCUGCUUCCUUGAUUCAGUGGCUAAGUCCUUUAUUUAUUGAAUUUCUUUGGGGGAAUCUAUGUUUUACAUAAAUAGAAUCCAAAUCGUAUGAACAGUUAUUUAAAUAAACAAAAUUCUUUGGGUCUGACAGUAACAGAAACCUCAGCACUGGGAAAAGUUGCCCACGCUGGGGUAUGCCUGGGUGAUGGGCACCUCUCACUGACCUCACAGCGCAGUCCGCCCAUCUGAGCACAGGGUCUGUCCUUAGACAUAAUGGUGACCCUCCACAAGCUCUGGCUUUUAAAGUUCUGACAGGGAUAAAUACAGUAAGCUCUGCAAAUGACAUCAUAGCUGCAUAUAAAUAAACCCAGUGACAAUUAAAGGAACAUGAAAUUCAGAACACACUAUUAAGCAGGGCCCUGUAGCUCUACUCGUGUGUGUGUGUGUGCGUGUGUGUGUGUGUGUGUGUAGACAAAUGGAUAUUGCUAUAUCCAUCUAUAUAUAACAAGUAUAUAUCAAACGUGCUGAGGGUGACAGGAUAUGCUCACUAAAAUUGUUGAAAACCAUAAUUUGGUGCAUUAAAAUUAAGAUUGUUAUGUUGAAUAGCUAUUUUUAAAAUAGUGCUGUAAAAAAAAAAAAGGCUUCUUAUUAGCAAAAGUAUAUGUAAUCCAGUCUGUUCCUAACAAGUGUAAGCAAAAAUGUGAGAAGGGGAACAUUCAGAAGCAAAAGAACCAGUCUAGCUGUCCUACACAUCAUGUCAUACCCUGUCUUUCUGGUGAGCGUUUCCUUGUUGCUGACAAUGUUGCUCCCUGUGGCCAUCCAUCUGAGCUACGUGAGGAGGAUUCCAUGUGAACGCCGAUCAGCUUCCAUUUAACCUUGAGAGAAAAGAGAGGUUCUAAAUGAAGAACUCUUUAAGAAAGAAAUAAUACACCCAUAAAGAACUCAGCUAUUUUGCAGUAAAGAGAAGAACAAAAUGGACACAGGAUUGUGGAUAUCAAUAUUUAAAAUGUCAUAGAUGCUGUUCUCAGACAACCACUGGGGGCUUGUAAUUUACUGUGUAACCAGAACUUGCAGGGCUUUAUUUUUUCUUUUACUGGACACAGGUUGUCUGAGAUUAUAAGAAAUAAAAUAGAUCAAUAAUUUUCAUCAUCCCUGACACUGAUUACAAACCUACAGUGUUUAAAGGGAGGUAGUGAAUUCCACGGAAACUGAAAGAGUUUGGCUAAUUCAGGUCAACAAAGAUAUAUUUGCCCUUAAUUCUGGAGUUAAGUAAAAAUAAAAAUUAUCCUGCCUGAAUCAUCUGAUGCUUUUUGCCUAAGAUGGUUAUCUCUCAAAUACUCUAGGGUGGGUUUAAAGAACAGUGAGCUCAGGUCAUGCAAGAUGAGAACCCAGGUUUUUUUUUUCUUAAUAGGAAAAUUUUUUAAACUAUCCAAAUUAGUCUGUUGAAAGGGUACCUUUUUUGCUGAUCUCUGAUGAGUUGUCUUUUCAUCCCUAUCUGUAGCUUGAGUGCAGAUUGACAAUUCAUUUCAGUGAAUUACUACCGAAUAAAAGUGGUUCUGGAUCCCUCCUAGAUAAAUGUGCACUUACAGCAACUACCUAGGCUCUCCCAAUCACUCCACUAGGUAUGAAAACCCCAUCAAGAUACUAAUCAUAAGAGUUAAUGUGGCUGCAAAAAAUAAUUAUCCUAAGCUUUCAGGGAUAAAAAGAAAAUUACCCAGGUUCUCUGCACUGUGAAUUUUGCCGACACAGCGGAGGAGCAGAUGACUGGUUCCUACGACUGUACAGCCUUCCUUGAAAUCAUAGCUUUUGGGGUUAAACACUUGUGAAUUUCUUUUGCACAUGGCAUUUGCUUUUGAAAUGCCUUUAGUCAAAUACACCAGAGCAACUCCCAGCUGAGACCAUUUGAGCACAGUUCCUAGUGGGGCCACAUUCAGAGCAAGCCUCUCGCCGGCUCACUCAGUUGAGCUGUUGCUUAGACACCACAAGUUUCUACAAGGGACUUAUGGGGAACGGCCCUCAGGGGUCCUGGUUCACAUCUCAGCUUUAUUCAUGUGCUGGAAGCACAAACAGCGAGUCCAGGGAGGGAUUCUGCUAAUUAGAUGAGUCUGCUCUUGUGUCUCUUUCUUAGGAGACAAAUACCUGUAUGUAAUUGCUUCAAGAACUCCAUUUGGUUCUGAUCAUUACCAAUGAAUAUAACUGAAGGAGCACCAAAGAUCAGGCAUAACCUCGGGCCAGUUCAUUCUGAAAAUGAUGUCGUAAAAAGAGUAUGUGUGAGAGAAAUCUACUUCCCAAGUUUUUAACCAGAUCUCGUCACAAUGAGGAGAAUGCUAUAAUCUAUCUCAUGGUACAUUUUUGGAGCUUAAUUCUAGCAUACUCCUCCAAGUACACUCACAAUUGUAGCUGAGUCAAGACUGCUAAAUGAACAGAUAGGAGAACUUAUAUUAGACUAAUAUCCUUCACAUGAAGCAGAGUUCAUUGUAAUAAAAACGGCAAACAGAUAAAUCUUCUACCAAAACCAAAGAUGGAAAGUCACUGCACCAGUCUCCUGGAACUUCAUAAAAUCAAUUUCACUGGAGCAACCAGAAGGGUCAUGGAUAUGUAUACCACUCGCUUGGGCUCGUAGGUUUUUGACUGGGGAUGCCUCUACACUUUGUAAGUCAUUUCUCCCUUCAAAAAUUGUAUUAUAUCUUUAAUAUAUGUGUAUUUUUCAAUGUGAGGGAGGAAUUACUAUGAACCAAAGAUAUCUUUUGGCUCCUUCUGAAAGUGACUCAGUUUGAAUUCCAUUCAGAUUUGUACAGAUAAAUAGAUGGUCACCAUUUCUGCAUCAGGUUGGAAGAGACCAAUGAUAAAGGAACCCAACGUAAGGAAUAGCAGUUCUGAAAACAGACAAAGCCUAAAGGAGGUAUCCAUUUCACUGAGAGAUUACACGAGGGGACUUAUUUUUUAUGUUCCCAAUUUUUUCUUCUGAUAAUAUUAAUCAAUGUACACAUGAUUGACGCAUGAUAUUACACUUAAAAUGCAGGAAAGUACAAAACAACCUUGAUCCAAUAGUUUCCUAUUCUGGGGGGUGGGGGCAGAGGUGGAAAAGAAAACACAUCUUUCACUUACUUAUUGAACAAACAAUAAGCACUCAGAACUAAUUUAUUUAUGCAGGUUGCAAAUAUGUAUGAAGCAAUAGGUUCUGGCCACUGCCACAAUUUGAAAUCAAUAAAAUAAGAAAUAUAUAUUUAUAUAUGAGGGAAGACGCUGUUUGAUAGAGCAUGUGAAAUCAAUGGAAACAUAUUUAUUAAACGUAAACCUCACCUUUUUCACCAAAUAGUAACUAGAGAACUAGUCCUAGUAUCUUGCGUAAUUCUUCUCUGUCUUCAUUGGGAAAUUAUGUUUGAAGAUCUUUCAUCACCUAUAAAAUGGUGAGCCUCUUGUACUUUCUAUUCAGUAUAGAAAGAGUAGACUGAUAAAUAACUUUACAUUGUUGGUAGUAGUUUCUACAGAUCCAGUUUAUUGCAUGUCGUAUCUUUAUUGUAGAUAUUAAAAACACAUGAUAAAAAUUGAUGUGUGCCCCUCCUUGUUUGGCCAGUAUCAGAAAACUUUGUAAAAAAGCAUGGGGACCCUACUCCCUAGAUUAUUUGAGCCAUUUACUAAAAUUGGCCAUUAGUGAUACAGUGAAAACAAGCUAAGGAAAUGAUAUUCUCCUAAAAAGUUAUAUUCCAGUUUUGAUUAUUAUAACACAGCACAAUAAAUGGGCAGUAUACAUCUAAUGGAACUGAGAUUUAAGGCUUUAACAAUUCGUGUUUUAAAAUAUUAUAUUGAAGACUGCACAAAGAGAAAAUUAUACAUGUUUCUCCAAUCCUGUGAUCAUGUCUGUAAAUACCUUGCAAUUUCAAAUUACUUCAUCCGUCAUUAACUAUAUGAUCUCCCAAACACAGCCUUCUCAAAAUCGAUAAAAAUUUGCCACUGAAUAUGCAUUAAUAGCUAUAACAAUGGGUGACAUGCCACACAAAUUUAGCUUAUGAAAUUUAUGGGGUGUGUGUUUGUAGACUAUGAAAUGUAUGAAGUGCAGUCUCCCAUGGAGAGAAUAGAGAGGCAGGAUGGCAACUAGUCAUGAACGCAACAAUUUAGGUUAAAUGAUAAAGAAUACAAUGAAAUGUCCAGAGUAACACUUGGUCUCUACCUUUCUGACAUUCUAACCCAAGGCCAGUGUCAUGGGCUUGGCUUUCUUCCCUGUCGCCUCAUACUGAGUAUGCAAUUUACAGAGGACAUCUGUUGCUUUAUGUCUUAAGGCCACUAGAGGAAGUCACUACAUUCCCAACAAAGAUGUGUCUUUCGGCUUAGUGAAAAACACUUAACAAGAAACAAUGUGUAACCAAGUCCCCACAGUAAAAUGUGUCUUCAGAAACAUGAGAAUCACUUUUAUAUAGCCAACCUCAUUUGAAUUUUAUCAUGAACAUAAAUUAUCGGUGAGACUGGUGUGCGAGGCUGGAUCUGUGAGACGAGAACACACUCUCAUGUGUGCAUUGUCUAUAAACAUAUUUGGAAGAUUGCCCACAUUUUCUCUGCGGACCUGCCACAAAUCCUUACCUUCUUACUGAAGAAUGUGAAUAUUGUAGCAUUCGUGCAAUUAUGCCAGCAGAAGAGGCACUAGACAGUUUAUAGACUCUUAUGGAAGUUGGGCACAUUUCCUAGGCAGGUGGAAUGCUAGCUAGAUCUAGAAGCACCCUUAAAGGUCAUGUAGAAUCAAGGUCCCACUUUAUGUUUCCCUUGGGAGAAAACUGAAACCCAUGGAUGCUGUAAUUUGCUUAACGGCAAAGAAAGAGCCAAGAAUUGUUUCUCGUAGUUCCAGGCUCCUGAUCUAGGAAUGUUUCCUUGGCUCCAUGGCAUCUCCCAGUUUGACAUAGUGGGAGCUGAGAAAUGCCAUAUGGCCUCAAAAUAAAUAAACCCUUGUACAUUUAAGUGUUUUCCCAGAUUUUCAGAUGCCGCUACUCUUGCUGAACUCAUCACCAGCUGUAUCAGUAGAGAGGUGUUAUGGGGCAAUUCAUUAGAUUUCUGGUAGGUCAUGAAUGGUUGGUAUAAGCUUUAUUUACUCAUAUAUUGUCAUCCAGUUCUUUGAAAUUCAAUCUUAUCCUAAAGUGGUAGUCAAACUAAAACACAUUAAGUAGGUGUUUGUGUUUAGCAGUCCUACUAAUUCAUCACAAUCACAUAGUAAUUGUGAUUAUAAUUUUUGGAAUCUUUAUCACUUUCUAGCACUUUACGGUGUCAUUAUUUAUGGCAUUUUUAACAACUUUGUUGCAUAAUUGAUAACAUCAGGGCUACAUUUUUUUCAUGUGAGCCUCAAGAAGCUUCCAUUAUCAACAAGAAUUGGGGAAAUGACUUUUUUACAUUAUAAUACCUUAUAUAUUAGGUUUUUCCUGAUAAUCUUCAGUAGACAAUAAUUUAAAUUAACUAAAGUUUAAAUAAGAAAUAUGUUAAAAUUACUAAAUAAUAUGAAAACCACAUUAUACUUGUAAUUUUCAGACACUUUUCUCCUACCUUAAGAUUUUAACAUCUUGUAAAUAUUAAUAUUUGAAGGGGAGAGGAAAAAUACAUUUGUAGUAGAAAUAUUCCCUCUAACAAUUCUGUUUAACUAGUAAGUUUUUUUAAAGUUAUCUUCCAUGCCUGCUUCCCUAGUCUGAACUCCACAUUCCAGUUGUCAGAAGAAUGAAUGGAUUUAAAUUUUCUAAUCAUUAUUUUGGGCCCAUGUUAGCAGUUGAAACAAUUAAGUUCCUCACUCUUUCCUGCUUUUAGGAUGAUUUUAGACUGUGAGCAUAAAAUCAACCCUUUCUGUCAGCACAGAAUUGAACAUCAAAUGGAGCAAGGUCUACACUCUCAGCCUGUAGCUGUGCUAAUGUUAGGAUUGAAUUGUUAUAUUAAUUCCCUCAAGAGACCCACAGCCUCAAAAGAGUUGCUUAUUAUCAGAUGUCUGAAAUUCAGAAACCCAAAGUCAGGCAAAGAAGGAAACUGAGAUAAUGAUUUAAUUUUUUUAAGUCACUGCAGGAUUUCUCUCAAAGAAAACAUCUGAAAAUGGUUGAGAAAGUAGUUCCAGAUCAUUAACUAUUUUACAGAGGGACUGAAAGCCAGGGAAAAUAAAGAACAGAAUGAUAGUAGUAUCUUGAUAUUAAAUUUGCAUCAGAAAUGAGCAAAAUAUGUCAAUAUGAAAUAAUUUGAAAUCAAAUUCAGAUUCACAUGUAUAGUGCAUAGUUCAAGAAAUAAUGCUUACUCUUGUAAAAAAAAAAAUAUAUAUAUAUAUAUGUAUCAGCGGGUAGAGUGGGGGAGCUCCAACUUUGUUGUGAAAACUGAUAACAGAGUAUGAUUCUUUCCAGUUACAAAAUACUGUAUUACUUUAGUUAUAGCAAGCAGUACAUAAAUGACAUCAACAACUCAGGCUGCUCCCUGACAUAAAAGCCAGUUCCAUCUUUACUGCAGAUGACAGGAGACUUUCCAAGACCUGCAGAGGCCCCCUCCACCCCAACCUUAGUGCAUGCUCACACACACACACACACACACACACACACACACACAUUUUUGGCUUUUGACCCACUCUGUGUGUUCCACUGAAGUUAUCUUUUCCUUAAUAGAGUCACACAGAAUUACCCCAUCCUGCAAAAUCCUUAUCCCUAUGAAUCUUUAAAAUAUAUUAAAUAAUGUGUUAUAUAUUUGCUUUUUGUAAAUCUUUAUUUAAUUAAUUUAUAUAUACUUUGUGAAGUCUUAUACUGUACAUCAUAAAGCGAUGUCAUCUGUAGUUGGUUCAAUAUAAUGUUUAUGAUCAUUUUGAUAAGAAAUAACUUUGGACAUUAGGCCCUUGUUAAGAAAUAAAACACCCAUUAUAAAUUUGCUUCUGUUGGAAAAUACAUGAUUUGGCAUACUUCAUUUUUAGUAACAAUCUAUUCUAGAUAAAUGAUAAUUUGGGGACAUCUGUACUUAAAAACUAGCUGAACUACGUUUUGGGAUGAGAUGCAAAGCAACAGCUGUCCCUGGAACUGAAAUGUGAAUUUCUAGCAGAACAGAAAAUAUUAUAAUAAUGAGGCAAUAAUAAAAUUAGGAAAUUAAAUUAUUUUUAAAUCUGUCUGUGUGAUUUUUCCCCUUGGUAAAAAUACAUGAAAUACAUAAUUGAAAAAUUACCUUCUUCUGAAGUCGUAGUUUUUAUCUUAACCAUCAAUAAAUAAACCUAAUCUAUUGUUAACAAUGUCUUAUUCAUAAUUCUAAAAAAUUUACAAAUGAUAUUGCUAUGAGGUUGUGCACUAUUAAAGUUUGCUCCAUCACUUAAAGGUAAAGCAGUUCAAAAAUACUACUUUACAUCACAACUUUGCAUGACUGAGAUUUUGAACAACUAAAUUGAUGGUUUUACCCACAAGUUAUUUCAUAAAGCUAACACUGUAAUAUUACUUGGUUUUCUUAUACUUUUGUUAUCAUGUGAUGAAAUGUAACUAUGUAAUUAAACAAAAUUCUGACAAUCAUAUUCUGCUAAUGUUUAAAAUGUUACUUAUUCCUUCACUUAUUAGCUUGCUAUUUUGAAAAUAAAGUGAAAGAAGGCCCUUUAUUAAAUGAAA